GCCACCACCGACCAGGCAGCUGAGAGGCGAACAAGCAUUGUCACCGGGCCAGUGGUACACGUAGCAAGGUAGCUGCAACGCAGCAUACUAAUUUACCGGCUUUUUCGAAUAAUGCACCAAAGAUGGCCGCCACACACUCCAUGCUGCAGGAGCGUAUCCAGGUGGCCCAAGAGCUUCUCAAGCGUGUGGACCUGCUCUGUGCGAGGCAGGCGCGCGAUGUGGAGGGCCGGGCCAAGCUCUGCAGCAAGCUGCGCGCCGAGCUCAAGUUCCUGACCAAGGUGGAGGCGGGCAAGGUGCUCAUCAAGGAGUCCCACCUGCAGAGCACCAACCUCACCCACCUGAAGGCCAUCGUGGAGUCGGCCGAGUCCCUAGAGAUGGUGGUGAGCGUGCUGCAUGUGUUCGCCUACGAGGACGCCGGCGGCAUCAAGCAGACGCUGGUGGUGGAUGUGGUGGCCAACGGCGGGCACACCUGGGUCAAGGCCAUUGGGCGCAAGGCAGAGGCACUGCACAACAUCUGGCAGGGCCGGGGCCAGUACGGAGACAAGAGCGUGGUGGAGCAGGCUGAGGACUUCCUGCAGGCCAGCCGCCAGCAGCCUGUGCAGUACAGCAACCCACACAUUAUCUUUGCCUUCUACAACGGCGUCUCCAGCCCCAUGGCCGACCGCCUGCGGGAGAUGGGCAUCUCGGUGCGCGGGGACAUCGUGGCGGUAAACUUGGUGAUGGCGGAUGAGGAGGAGGAGGAAGGAAGCGAGGAGGGGGAAGAGAGGGAGGGAGCAAACGAGGGGGGCAAGGAACACUGCUACGAAGAGGAAGAGCGAGAAGGCAAGGCUGCGGAGGAAGAUGAAGACGAUGAAAACUUUGUCGAAGAAGAAGACGUCGAGCACACGCGAGUGGACCGCGACACCGUCGUGGCUAGCCUGGCCUUCCCCACCGAGGUCAAGGUGGAUGUGUGCCGGCGGGCCAACCUGGACAUCACAACACUCAUCACGUACGUGUCGUCACUGAGCCACGGCCACUGCCGCUUGGCCUUCAAGGAGCAGGUGCUGACUGAGCAGGCAGCCCAGGAGCGGCAAGAGAAGGUCCUCCCCCGCCUCCAGGAGUUCAUGGCGGGCAAGGAGCUGUACGCGUGCCAGUCGGCCGUACACGACUUCCGCGUCAUCCUGGACACGCUGGGCGGCCCCGGCGAGAAGGCGCGUGCCGACGAGCUGCUGAGGCGGCUGCGAGUGGUGCCCGACCAGCCGUCAGAACGCACGCAGCGUCUCACGUCCAGCUCCAAGGUGAACCCCCGCUCGCUCAUGAUUUUCGGCACGGGCGACACACUACGGGCAGUCACAAUGACGGCCAACAGUGGCUUUGUGAGAGCGGCAGCCAAUCAGGGCGUGCGGUACAGCGUGUUCAUCCACCAACCGCGUGCCUUGACGGAGGGCAAGGAGUGGAGGGCCACGCCCAUAUGAGAGAGGGAGAACCAACACCCACAGUGGAAGGAGGAGGAAGAAGACUGAUGACGAGGGUGAGGAGUGAAGAAGGGCUCCGACAGCGAAAAAAAAAGACUAGACAAGGUUUGUGUAAUAUACCACUGAACAGACAUUUAAAAAGGGUGUGGAAUAUACCACUAAACAGACAUUAAAGGGGUGUGGGUGUGGAAUAUACCACGGAACAGUAAUUAAACGGGUUGGGUGACUGCCAGAACAGAGAACACUUCUGCAAAACAGAGGAUGCGUAUACAUUUUUGUUGUCGUUGAGACACCUCGUAUAAAUCAAAUAUUUAUCACAGCUUUUUGCUAUGUGCCAUUUCAAUGUGUCACUGCAAUGUAAAGGCAUUGUGCUCAGUUGGAAAAGCACUACUGGUUUAGUUUAACACUCAGACAGUACAGUGGUGAUGGCUGUGUCGCCUACAUACUGUAUAUGCAAAAUUAGUUUAUGAUAUGAUGAAAUAUCAGCUUUCUCAGUACCGCUUUGUAUUUUAGGGCAAUUAAACGGCUUUGGCCCAAUGUGCUGAGGGUGAAGUAUAUUUGUUUUCUGUAUUGCAAGUCGGAAUUAGAUGUAAAUAAAGCAUCUUUAAAUAAAAAAAAAUGCUAUUUAUUGAAUGAA